CGAGUCAAAAAGACAUUAUUCUGAAAAUUAAUUGAUCACUACAGACAUCCGUGGCGUAUGGUUAUGCAUGCAAUAAUUAUGAAAGACAAUUUAAAUUUCACAUGACCGAUUUUAGUGAGUCAUGGCUUCCAAAUUCAACCUUUUUCAGUUUUAUCGGAUGUGCACUGUGACUGCACUGCUGUCCGCACAUCCAGCAUUAUCCAGCCACCAUGGGCCACUCCAUCUUCCCAUUCUUGUUUCGGCCAUCGAGACCUCUUUGGAUCGAGAAACUUUGGAAUAUCAGGGAUGGAUUUAUGAUGAGUCCAAUUUUCUCACUAGCGCGAAGAAAGCUUCUUGUAAUUCCAACUACUUCCAAUUACGUCAAGGCCAUCAACAUAUCCAAGAAUUUUCGGAUGGUUCUAAUCAGAAGCCUAUUCCAGAAUCCCGCACAGGUUUUCCUCUUGGAAGAGGACGAUUUAGAGCAGCUAUCAUGUUGAAGAGCCUUCAGCUGGAAAGCAGUAUGCAAAUGAGGAGCCCUGAAGGGAUUAAAGGCACCGUCCAUUUAAGCCGCGACAGCCUCCCGCUGGGACAAGAGCACUGGGUUGCUCCUUCCAUUGAUCUCCGGGGAGCUAGAGCGGUCCGUGGGUGGUGGCGUUCUGGCUCUGCCAUGAGUCAGAAAGAGGGGGGGGGGGGGCAACCCUCGCCGAUAUCUUUAAUGCUUGGUCUGAUACAUAUCCAUGUCUGCCAACUGUCUCCCAUCCCAUUAGUGUACAAUCUUAUAUCUCCCUGGAAUGGGGGAAAUAUCUGUCUCUAUUUCCUGCUACGGCCAUUCUGUAAACAGCCUACACCAAACCAGUCCUAUCUUAUCACCACGAUCCAUCUUCACCGCUUCUCCCUCACCACGCAACCCUUCGCUAUUGUACCACCUGCCGUUAUAAAAUAA